UCGGAGAGUGGACAUAUUAGCAAAGGUACAAGCAGAUUUGCGUGCGAGCUGCGCUUGCAUGCUGCUAGAUAGAAGCUGCUCUUGUGCUUUGGGCGACCAAGUUGCUUUGCCAUGCUGCCUAGCUGUCAGUGCAACUAUGGAUGCUGCGACACGGAGAUUGCGGAGAAAGGACUCGCCCGAUUUGCAAAGCAGAUUGGCGCCUUCUCUGCGGAGAAAGAGGAGCCACUUUCAGCCUCGGUCCUGACGGCGCAGCACGAGUGGUACAGGCCCCCGGUGUCCAAGCCGCUGGCGGAUCCGGAUGAGCCGACCCCGGUCUCGGCGGCUUCGCCCGGAACACCGGCCUCGCCGAUCCGGGUGGGCAAGCGGAUCAGCCUUCGCUCCAAUGGAACCAACGGAAGCGUCCGAGGACUGCCGUUCUGCGAGUCCCGAAGGUCUGUCUACCUAGGCCCGGAUCCCUUGGAGCGGAUGCGGCUGCUGGUGGUGCAGCUGGAGCGAGCGCAGCACGAGGCUACGCGACGCAGCUAUCUCAUCCGAGUUCCAACUCUGAUUGCUGGACUUUUGCUCAUGAUCAUCACUUUUUCGCUCUUCAUGAUUUUCCAAAUCAGCCAUGAUGCUUCAG